AUGGCCGAGUGAUUUCUGUAGUCUAUAUGUUUACUAUUUAAUGACCCCGUGUUUAAACAUGGCCGAGUGAUUUCUCACACGUGAGGAGCAGUUGUAAACCUUUGAAAUCGGUCAUCUUUACCAACCUACAUCAGUAUUCACGGGUUUUUAAUUUAAGGGCAGCCAACGAGAAGAGCCGCUUAGAUAACUUUACGGUAAGACUGUUGGUACAGGGCUACCACUGAUUGUACCGGGCUACUACCAUUGUUGGUACAGGGCUACUGCUGUUUUUCGACGGCCUACAUUUCGAGGAUAAUUGUUCAAUGCUGUUGUUGUUUUAAAUAGACCGAGGACAGCGCGUGGUUGGACAGGCUCUCAUAAAAAAUUUCUCCCAUUAAGUCAGUGGUUCUCAACCUUUCUAGUGCCGCGACCCUUUAAUACAGUUUCUCGUGUCGUGGCGACCCCCCAGCCACACAAUUAAUUUCGUUGCUACUUCAUAGCUGUAAGGAUAAGUGUUUUCAGAUGGUCUUAGGCGACCCCUGGGGGGGUCGCGACCCACAGGUUGAGAACCGCUGCAUCAAGUCACGUUAGGAUUAAAGAAAUGGUCGGUGCUUACCACAUUUUUUUUGUUUUUAUUAAGCGACGUAUCUUGUUAGAGAAUUUAAAAACCAAUGUAUGUCAAAAGAUUAAAACAAAUUCAAAGAAAUCGAUGUCUUAUAACGCCUUCUUCGGUUCACGGCAUGGCGCAGGUCAACAAACAAACAAAAUAUAGAUCAUGUAGCAAAGUAGAGUUUACGAAAAUGAACUUUUCUCUGAGUUAUCGCCAUGGAAAGUGCGCUGGGUGGAAGUUGAGAAUUCCAAGAUGGAAAUCUGAUGAAUGGCAUGAAUGAAGCCGGGUCUGUACAACAGUGAUUCUCAAAUGGUGGUACGCGGACCGGCGCCGGUCCCGCCGGUUCGUGCGCCUUACAUUGCCGUUCCGAACACCAUGAAUACUUGUGGUCGAAUAACAAAAUAAUAAAAUAUAAUCAAUCAAUCUGGAACCGGUCCCUGGUGCAAUUUCAAAACGUGUCCAGCGGUCCCUGGUGCAAUUUCAAAAGGUGUCCAACUGUCUCUGGUGCAAUUUCAAAAUAAGUCCAACGGUCCCUGGUGCAAUUUCAAAAUGUGUCCAACGGUUCCUGGUGCAAUUUCAAAAUGUGUCCAACGGUCCCUAGUGCAAUUUCAAAAUGUGUCCAACGGUCCCUGGUGCAAUUUCAAAAUGUGUCCAACGGUCCCUGGUGCAAUUUCAAAAUGUGUCCAACGGUCCCUGGUGCAAUUUCAAAAUGUGUCCAACGGUCCCUGGUGCAAUUUCAAAACGUGUCCAGCGGUCCCUGGUGCAAUUUCAAAACGUGUCCAGCGGUCCCUGGUGCAAUUUCAAAACGUGUCCAGCGGUCCCUGGUGCAAUUUCAAAAUGUGUCCAACGGUCCCUGGUGCAAUUUCUAAAAGUGUCCACCGGUCCCCAAAACUUAAAGUUUGGGAAACGCUGCUUUAUGAUAGUGUAGGACCUAAAAUUUGUUUAUUCACUUCGCCGUUAUUUAUCCAAAAACCGCUCCAUUCCUAAAUCUAUUUAAUGUCUGAUACAUUUUAGCGAUAGAUAUUUGUUUAAAUAUUUUUUUAUUCAAGCUUUGAAAUCCCAUUUAAAGGCGGGAAAAAAUCAGUCGAACUCUUACAAUGGAAGACGUGACUUCCGCUAACAUCAUCAACUGCUGCUGGUGGAUCCUCCCGGGACUCGUCGCCCUCUACGUCAUCAACUAUCUCCUCAAGCCUUACCCCAGCAAGAUCCCCCCGGGCCCGCGUGGUCUGUCCUGCACGUGGCAGCUGCUCAAGGCCUCGUGGAACGAAAGCGUGCCGGAGCUCGCGGCCCGGUGGGCGGAGACAUACGGACCAAUCAUGUACUUCAAUUCUGGCGGCGUCAGGUUCUGCUACCUCAACACCCCGGAACUGUCCAGGCUCGUCCUCGCCGGGGACCGCUUCAGGGGUCUGACAUCUGACCGGGUGGGCAACUUCCUGUCCAAGUUCACGUGGUACGACGGGAAGGACUUGUUCUUCACGCCGUACGACGCCAUCACCCGGAAGAAGCGCAAGCUGUUUCACAAGGCAACGGCGCUGUACGGAGACGGGACGGAGCGGUUCGAGCGAGUCGUGGGGGAGGAGGUGGAGAGGAUGUUGGAGGAGAUGGAGAGGCGAAGUGAGGGAGACCAAGAUGUCCAGAUGGACGAAGUGCUGUCCAGGGCACUCAAGUUUAUUUUGUGCAUACUGGUGAGAAGAAUUGUUCGUUGAAUUUUUGUGUGAAAGAAGAGUGGAGGUGGUGGGGGGGGGAGGGGGGUUGUGUGUAUAAAAAUACGAAGAGACGAAAAUUCUGAGAGAUAGAGAGAGGGAGACAGAGAGAAAGACGGAUAUAUAGUCAACUAUAAAUGAUGUCGCGCAUCUACUAGUGGUCGAGUGGGGUCAUAACUUUGAGAAAAUGUAUUAUGAGGGUGUCUCAAUUGUGCGACAAUUUUGUGACGGUGGGGUAUAAGGGAUGAUGAAAGAAAGAGAGAGAGAGGGAGAUUGAGAGUGAGCGCGAAAUGGAGAGAAAAUGCGAAGCAAUUUACAAUCACUAUGGUGAUGGAAACUAAUGGUCUAAAGUACAGUGCCGGUCCUACGGUUGCUGGCGCCCCAGGCAAGUUUAACUUUUGCGCCCCUUUUAAGUAUAAUCAUAGAAAUUUUUGCAAGGAAAAAACUAGGGGUUAGUUAAUAAGUUUAUUACCUUGUUCAUUUUUUUUUUUUUUUUUUUUUUAACAAACAAGGAAAAGUAAUUUUAUUUUUCUUAACUUGUAUUUGGACAGUACAAACAAUUAAUAAAAAACUUGGGGUUUUUUUAUAAUUUUUUUUCCUUGUUUUUUUUUUUUUUUUUUUUUUUUUAACAAACAAGGAACAGUAAUUUUAUUUUUCUUAACUUGUAUUUGGACAGUACAAACAAUUAACCUGCCGUGUGCAGUAUGAACUAUUAGCCUGCCGAUGAAUUUUGUUUUCUAGCCUUCAGAUCAGCAAAUCUUUUUAUCGCACUUUCUUAUUUUCUUCUAUGGCGCCACACUUGCAAUGCUUUUUUUUCCUAUUUUGGAAUAUCGCUGCUGGCGCCCUAACCAAUUGGCGCCCUAACCAAUUAGCGCUCCUGGCAACUGCCCGAGUUGCCGGUACCUUGAGCCGGCACACGGUGUAAGGACAUCAACAAGUGUAACACAACGGAAAACACAGAACAGUGCCUUCAUCCUAAUCCACACAGAUUAACGGGGAGAGGCCACCCAACGAAUCAGAUGCGGACGCCAUAGUGGAGUACGACCUCGCAGUCAACAGGCUCGCAUCGGAAGACAUCCACCUGGUUUUGAUGGCCGCGCCGUGGAUGAGGUACGUGCCUGGGAAGUACAGGGCCGCGUGCCAGAAAGUUCUAGAAACGAGAGCCAGGGCCGAGACCAUCAUGUUUACGAGGAUGAAGGUAAACAAAAAAAACCAAAAAAAAAAAAAAAAGAAGUUAGUUUUGUUGAAAGAUGUGAUGAUGUAUUUUGAUUGGCAAAAUGAAAAAUAAACAAUGAAUAUUUCUGGGAAGUACAGGGCCGCGUGCAAGAAAGUUCUAGAAACGAGAGCCAGGGCCGAGACCAUCAUGUUUACGAGGAUGAAGGUAAACAAAAAAAACCAAAAAAAAAAAAAAAUGAAGUUUGUUUUGUUGAAAGAUGUGAUGAUGUAUUUUGAUUGGCAAAAUGAAAAAUAAAAAAUGAAUAUUGACAUUUAUGUAUGACAGUUGUGCUUGGCUAUGUGAAUGCUUGCAGACCUGUUUGGUGUAGGUAGCUACUGAAGAGGCUCACCGGGUGUAUGACCUACAAGACGUAAUGGCUUUGCUAGAGCAACAAUGUUACUUUAAUUUAUCGUUUACUGAAAAUAGACAUUAAUAUUAUUAUUAUUGUAUUAUUAUUACUUUUAUCGAAGAAUAGGCCUAUAUGCUCACUUUAUGAGUCGCGUUGAGGUAGGCUGCGUUAGGUUUGGCUCGAUAAAGGGAUCAGCAUGUCGUUAAUGUUUUACAAAACAUUUGAAGAAUCAAUUUGUUAACGAUUUUACUUAUGACCACUGUGAUGUGAUUAUUGGCAGGUGUUGAUUAUUAUUUUUACUAAUGUAUCGUGUGAGUUGUUUUUUUUUUUUUGUUUUUUUUUUUUUUUUUUUUUUUUUUUUUUUUUUUUUUUUUUUUUUUUUUUUUUUUUUUUUUUUUUCGUUUUAGCUAUAUGAUUAAAAAAAAAUUUGAAAUACGAAGCUGUAAGAAAAACGAAACAAACACAAUGAUAGAGAGAACAAAUAUAUCUCACAUUCAAAGACGUGUCAUAUAUAUAUGUAGGAGACUAUACCAGGGACGUGCUGGCCCACGGACGACGCAACGAGCAUUCGUCAUGGGCCUUUUGGGGGGUGGGGGGGGGGCGGUCUCCGUGGCUUUCUUACUACACCGUUUGUUACGGGUUUCCAUGUGCCAGCACGUCCCUGGACUAUAUAAUAAUGUAAAGGCUAGAACAUUUGACAUUUAAAAAAAUAAUAAUAAUAAUUAACCAAUGUAUUAUUUAUUAAAGGAUAAAAAAUCAACAUAUUUUUUUUUGUCUUACCUGGAAUAUGAUAUGUGUUUGAUUGCCAAAUUUAAAAAAAAAAAAAAAAAAUUGUUAAUUCUGUCUAGGAAUCCUUUGACCCCAAAAAUAUUCGGGGCAUCGCCGAUGUGUUCCUGCAGCAUAGAGACGAACCGGGCUACGAAUUCUUGAAGGAUGACGAACAUAUAAAAGGAGUGCUAACUCUUUUAUUUUUCGCUGGUACGUUUUUUUUUUUUUUUGUUAAGCAUUGCCUUGUGUUUGUUCCACAACUUUGUUUUUAUCUGCCUUCCUUCCUCUUUUUAAAUUACAUACCUUGCAUAUUUAAACACAAAAAUAGGAGCCUAAUGUCUCGUUAAUAUUAACGCAUACCAGAAUAUUUUCCGGCAUCAUGCAAAAUCCUUUUUUUUAACUUUAUAUUUGUAUUUUCUGUAUUAACGACAUUUUAGUUUAGUCGACAGCUGUCGUCUUCUUUAUUACACAAACACCACUAGGCAAACACUAGCAGAAACAUCAGAAUUUCAGAUAAUUCAAUGCUCAAACGUUAGUAAAUGUUGCGUUGAAUUAUGUGUGACAGGGGAAUGCGAUACCCGGGGGCGGAUCCGACACCCAGAAGGGGAUCCAGAUCAAAUGACUUGCGUGUUUAAACAAAUGCUCGCACAACAUGGGAUCACCAUUAAAAAAAAAUAAGUUGCAAUGUUAAUAUAAUUUGCUUCUUUUUUUUUGGUAAGAGACAAAAGCCAGACAUCCUUCAUUUAGUUCUAGAUUAUCUCAUAGGUUUACACUUAACCAGUGGCGUAGCUAGAGUUCACGCCACCCGGGGCGGUUUCGGAAUUUUCCCCCCCCCCCCCCCCCCAAACCGAGAAAAGUGCCCUGAAAUUGGCCCGAAAAUUCCACCCUUCAAAAUGAACAAAAAAGUGCCACCUCUGCGUCCCCCUCCUUCCUACGCCACUGCCUUGGAACCAUCUCCUCCUAUCGCUUGUCUGAUCAUGUCCAGAUCUUGUACUCGCACACAGCGCACCUUACAUCACGUGCCACUAUACUGCAUGCUUUCCUCAUCCUGCUACACCACGGAGAUGUGGUCAAAAACAUGCAGAGCGAGGUCGACCGAGUGGUGGGCGAGAGAAGACCACGAGUGGAAGACAGACAGUCCAUGCCGUACACUGAAGCUGUCAUUUUAGAAGUCUUACGGCAAGUUUUUUUUUUUUUUUUUUUUUUUUUUUUUUAGUUUUUUGGUUUUUUUUUUUUUUUUUUUUUUUUUUUUUUUUUAAUAAAUCCUGGAUACUUACAUUCAUAGAGUUUCUGUUCCCAACGAGGAAACAGAUCCCAUUACUGUACUGUAUAAAUACUAGACACCAUCUAUAUCCGGUUCCGUAAUUUCAAUUUGGCGGAUAACUGUGAAUUGUUCAACGUGUUAUUGUAAUACGUAUUGCUUGGGCUUAACCAGAUGCAGUUGUUGUUUUUACGAGUCCAGAUAUUUCGAGAAAAUACCUGGUGGGUUCAAAUAAUACAACAACAAAAAAACACACAAAAAAAGAGUUUACUUCUCAUUUUUUAUUUUUAAAAAUGCAACCGGAGUUCAGACAUCACACAUGAAGCUCGCAGCGUGACAGCCUUUUUUAAACUCAUUAUUCUAAAUAUAAAACAUAUGGAGUUGGGAGGGUGGGGGGCCGGUUUUGAAGAGGAAGUAGCAAAAUAUUUUUUUUUUAAUUGAAGGAAAAAAAGGGGUGAGGGGAGCCCAUAUGAAACAAAGUUUUUCCGAAUAAAUCCUUUAUAAAUGUAAUAUCAAGCAUGGGGAGGGGGGGGGGGGCUCUGAAAAUUUAACUAAACAUGCAUACAAGUAACGAUAUUUCUAAGAAUCCCUCUUAGUGCUCCCCCCCCUCCCCACAUGAAGCAGAAUGUAUUGCGAUUAACUGUCUUGAUUCUCUCACAGAACAUAGUAAUCGUUCAGUGCAUGUUUGUGUUUUGUGCAAUCGUUCAGUGCAUGUUUGUGUUUUGUGCAAUCAUUCAGUGCAUGUUUGUGUUUUGUGCAAUCAUUCAGUGCAUGUUUGUGUUUUGUGCAAUCGUUCAGUACAUGUUUGUGUUUUGUGCAAUCAUUCAGUGCAUGUUUGUGUUUUUUGCAAUCAUUCAAUACAUGUUUGUGUUUUGUUCUCCAGAUACAGCACGUUCUUCCCAUUACUUUGUAUCAGGAACACAAAAGAAAAUCUGAACGUCGAGUCUUACUUCAUUCCAAAAGAUACACUGGUACGUCAUAUGUAGAUAGUGAUACAUUUCCAUUAUGUUAUCAGUUGCAAAAUUAAUGCUCUAAGGGUACACAUUUCGAGUUGUAUGAACUCGAUGAACUGUUGCAGUCACGCAUUUAACUCUGAAAUUUAAAAGUAGACCUUUUCCUUUCGCAACAAAAAAAAAAAAAUAAAAAUAGAUUUGGUAAUGUGAGAAUAAAUGCAAAAAUUCAAAUAGCGCGGUAGUUGUAGCGGUAAGAGAGACAAAGCUAGAAGAAGUCGAUGAUUUUACAUAUCUGGGACGUUUUGUUAGCAAGCAUGGCGGAUUUAGUUGCAUACAUCAAAGCAAGAAUACAGGAGGCAAGAAUACAGGAGGCAGGAAUACAGGAGGCAGGAAUACGGAAGGCAAGAAUACAAAAGGCUAGAAUACAGGAGACAGGAAUACAAGAAGCAAGAAUACGGAAGGCAAGAAUUGAAAAAGGCAAGAACAAAGGAGGCAGAAAUACAGGAGGCAAGAAUACAAAAAGUAAGAAUACAGGAGACAAGAAUACAGAAGGCAAGAACACGGGAGGCCGGAAUACUGAAGGAAAUAAUACUGAAGGCAAGAGGAGCCUUUGCCUUGCUUAAAAACAUGUAAAUUUUAGGAAAAUAAUUAGAAAGACACACAUUUGAAUGUUUAAAUCAAACGUUGAGUGUGUUCUGCUGUGUGACUCAGAAAGCUGGAGAUCAGACAAGAAAGAUCGGAAAAGACUUCAAACCCCAGUGCAAGCAUAAAAUCCUCGGCGUCAAGUGGCUACAUAAAAUAUUGAGGGAAAAUGACAGUACAAAUGUCAGUGGAGCGAGUAAUGUCGGAAAAGAGGGUGGAGAUGGAUAGUUCAUGCCAUGAGUAAAACAAUGCCAAACAAAACAAGACAAUCCCUGGUAUGAAGCCCAUACCAAAUAUAACAUGAGAAGCACUGGCAUGGAACCCUCGAGGAUCAAGAUGACAAGUAAGACCGAAAACACCUGGAGCAGAGACAUCGAUAAAGAUGUAUUAAAGACUGGAAAGAACUAGAGAAGAUAUCUAUAAGACACCGGAAGGCUUGGAAAUUAAUGAAUUAAUGGAGUUGAAAAGACAAAGAAGGUGAAGAAUGGGCACUGUAUAAAUGUAUCAAUUUAUUUAUUUUAAAGUUUUUAGUUUUUUUAACUUCUCUAUACCAUUAUAUUUCUUGACAUACAAAAAUAUUCCACAAUAAUAUUUCAGAUCAUUGUAAACGCCUGGUAUUUCCAUCGUGACCCCAAAUAUUGGGAUGACCCCUGGAAGUUUAAACCAGAACGAUUUUUGGACGCCACCGGCCAGAUUCUGCCUGCGGACAAUCCAGUACGAAAGAAGUAAGCUAACAAAACCCACUUGUAUCUGAAGUUACCAAAAAAAAAAAAAUAAUAAUAAUAAUUUAUCUAUAAUCAUAAACACAGUUAUCGUUUCAAAGAACAAUAACCGGAUUCCUGGUAAUAUUUUGACCUCACCAAUUGAGUGUAGUAACCGCGGUUCUCAGCCGGGCCUGUCUUUGGAACAGGCUAAUCGGGCAACUCCCAGUAGCGCCAAAUUCUAGGGCUGUCGUUUCGAUCCCCAACAAAAAUUGUAAAUACAAAUUGUACGUAUUGGGUUUAUAUAUAUAUAUAUAUAUAUAUAUAUAUAUAUAUAUAUAUUAUAUUUACAUAACAAGAUUAAUAUAUCGAUUGAUAGGAAAUAUUCUUUUUUAAAACCAAUGUGAAAGGUAUAAAAGCUAUUAAAAUGGAAAAAAAGGGACAUUGUUUCAAAUCAUGUAACUGUUUGAAAGCAUUAGCGGCUUUAUUUGAUAAUACAUAGGUGCUUUUUCUUAAUGACAAUAAUACUUUGAAUUAGAAGACCAAAGCAAAAGAUUUAUUAAUUUUUUUUAAAAGAAAAGUUUGAUAAAUUAAUAAAUAAUUUGUUUAUUAAAAUGGAUAGAACUUUUUAAUUUAAAAUCAAAUGUAAAAUUAAACUUACCAAUUUAAACAUACACGAUUCUCUCGUGACAUCAAAUGACGCCUCGGAAUAUAUUUUAAAUUCUUUCAGUCUCUUGUCUUUUGGGAUCGGAAACCGGAUGUGCCCAGGAGAAGUGUUCGCCAGGUCUAGAGUCUUUCUCUUCUUGACCCAGAUCCUGCAGAAGUUUGACCUUUUGCCCCCGGCCACAGAACCUCUCGGGUCUUGCCACCCGGACCACAGUGUCAAAAUGUUAGUGAGACAGACGCCACCGUUUCGGUGCCGGUUGCGGAAACGAACGCUAUGAGAAUAAACAAACAACAAAAGAACUCCCACUGAUGAAGUCUAUUUCCAAACACACGAUGAUAUCCGAUGUUUAGCAUUGGAAGGGAAUUAAAAUGCUCAACUUGUUUUUUGAUGUUAAUUCACUGUUUAUAUGUUUGGGUAAGUGAGGGUGACCUUCGUCGAAAAUUUUCAUCUCUCACCUACUUAUUUUAUGUCCCAAUUCUUUUUCUGCCCACUCUGAUACUACUUUUCAGCUAAGUGCUAUUUUUUUUUAAAUUUAAUUUUGUGAUUUUGCUGUUGUUUGUUCUCUGACGAAGGCUUCCUGUCGACACGUUCACUGUAUUUAAUUGUUGCGUUCCCAUACUAUGUUUUACUCAUGUCCUCGGAAAUACAAGAUAAUAAAAAAAAAAGAGACUGAUCCAACUUU